AUGCCUGAAUCUCAACCUCUGCAUUUAUUUGACCUCCCAGUCGACCUACUAUCCCUGAUUCUCCAGCCACUGCUCACAGCCCCAGACGGAGGCAUCAUCUCUCUGUGUCCUUGUACCGCCAGCCCGGUCAACCCCGUGCCCAUCUUCCUAACCCAUCCAUCUCUGUACGCUAUCGCUCAUCCGAUAUUUUACGGACCAGCGAAUACAUUUGUGUUGGACCUCACCCAGGGCCAUGCCUCCCACGUAAGGCGGUUCAUAGAAAACGCUGCAGAAGAUCUGCCUGGCGAUGUGGAAUGGAGCGGCAGACAACAACAGACGCAGAAUCAUGUCCUGCUACGUCACACGGGUGGCCGGUUUCUCCUCCUAUCGCAAGAGGCAAGGCGCAAAGUGCACCGAUUGGAGAUGAGAAUCGACAAGCUAAGAGGGUGGCUGUGGGAUGAACUGGGGUUGUUUCUCCGGGAUAUGGCUGUGCGAGGAGAUCUGAGCGACUUGACCUUGUUGGUGGACUAUAGCGCCGGGACGAAGGAGAGGACAAAGUCGACUUCCAGGGCUUUUCUGAGAGAGAAGAAGACGGUGUUUGAGAAGCCGCCGCUGGAAGGACUGGUGAGGUUGUUGGCUGAUCCGGGCAUACGAAUGGCGAGUUUGAGGGUGAAAGGGAGGCAUGAUCGAGCGUGGUGUGAUUUUCAUCAGGGAGGAGAUUGCAUUUUGAAGUCGUUUUUGCGGGUCAGAGAGGGUGGCGAUGAUGUUAUGAAGAAGAAACAGGACGAGGAGGUGGUGGAGAUUGAUUGGAGGGCGAUUUUGAGAGUGGUGGAUCCGGAGGCGAAGAGGACGGCUGUUGGAUGGCAUGCGGAAAUGUAG